UGCAUACCUUUGCUUGUAGUAUGAAUUAGAUGAACGCCAAUAAUUUCUCUUUGCUGACAGUCAGUAAAGACUGUGGUGUUUGUCAAAGGGUGACAUUUGAGUGGAUUUGCAACCAAUCUGAUUGCAGAAGUCUCUAAACAAGUAGUUAACAGAGACAGAAACAGACCGGAAGCUGAUCCAAGCAUUUAAUGAACCUCUCCAUUAUAUGCAUUGCUGUCUGUUUGGAACUAGUAUUUGUCCUUUUUCACAUCACCACCAAUGUCACGGUUAGCACAUUACCUCCUUCUCUCUACUGGGUUGAUUCAACUGCAGAAGGGUGUGAAUUGCAAAGAGCACCAGAAUAUUGACUCUGCAAUUAAACUUCAGGAUGUAAUCAAGCUGAGAUGUGCAUAUCCUCAGACAACCAAGUUGACCCAGCUGUCCUGGGAGAAGUAUGUAAAUGGUGUGAAACAAAAAAUUGCUGUAUAUCAUCCUCAGCUUGGAGAGAACAUAUUUCCUGCAUAUUACAGCAGUGUUAAAUUUUUGUCACCAAUUGUCAAUGGAGAUAUUAUAUUGAAUGCAUCAGCAGCAGAUGAGGGCAUUUAUCAAUGUUCCAUUAAUACUUUUCCUGCUGGGACGUUGCUGAAAAAAAUUGAAAUCAUGAACCCAGCAAAAUUUUCCAGAGGUCGAGCAGCAGACACUCACAUACAAUUGGUACCAGGGAGCAAUGUGACCUUAUUCUGUGAAAAUCCAAAUGGGAGUCAUGUUCAACAGGUGAUGUGGAAACAAGUGACUGAAGAAGAAAUGAACACAAUAGUUCAUCAAGAUUUCACAAGUUCAUCAUUAUUCAUUGGCUAUGACUACAAGGAAAGAAUUCAGUGUAACUGCUCACACUUUCCAAAUAUCAGUCUGACCAUACAGAAUGUGACGGCAAACGAUAUGGGAAGAUAUCACUGUCAAGUUAUAAUGAAUGAUGGAAACUGGACCAAAGCCUUUGAGGUCGGUGUGGAAAGAGACUUUAAAAAGUUUCCGAUUAUUGGUGGGGUUGCUCUUGGAAUCCUUUUAUCGAUAAUUGUUAUUGUUGUCUAUGUGUGGAGGAAAGAGAAACGGAAAAGGGCCAGAAGACAUUUCAAAAGCAAGAGCACCGAAAGAAAUCAGAGAAGAGUCCACCAAAACAGCUAUGCAUUUACUUCUACCUCUGUACGAACAAGUUCUAGGACUGCGGAAGAUCAGAAGGAAGCCAUUUAUGCUAACCUGCCGAACUCAACACAGAUGAGCUGACCAAGGACCUAUCAAUGAUGUCAUUAACAGAGCUUGGACCAACCUUCCUCACCACAAGCUGCUCUUUGUGUUUUCAUUUCCUUCAAUAACAAAGUGAUUAGUUCCACCUCUAAAAAGUGAGCCUUAUUGUGAUUUUCCACUCUUCAGAUUUUGAAAAUAUUCAACUUCUUUUGAUAUUAAAUACCUUUUGACCAUUAUUUUUAACUGUUAAAUUUUGGUUAUGGCAAUUGUAUGUUUCUAUACUUGGACUUUACUUAAAUUAUGAGCUUACCAAUGCACAUGAUGGGGAAUAAGGUGUCUUGUUUCUAAGAGACUAAACUAACCUAGUACUUAAAAAGUUCUAAGUAUUAUUCAAAAUUUGGAAGCAAAGACUAUUGGAUUUUACUUUUUGUAACACAUUUUGCUAUUUGGAUCACAUCUCAUUAGCUAUUUUUAGUUGCCCAGAGAAAUUAAGGUUUAUCAUCUUACUUCAGAAAAGACAAAAUUAGGGAUUUUAACCAAAUUGUAGGUGAUUAUCAUUCGUAUUAUUGUUAUUUUUUCACCCGGAAAGAGAUAGAUGUGGAGGCAGACAAAUUUUUGGAGGGGAAAGAAAUGCAUCUUUCUGAUGGAAUGGAUAUGGGGCAGAAGGCUAAACCUCAUGUGAAUUUUGAGCUUUCUCUGAGUUGGAACAUUGAAGGCCAAAAAUGCUUGGAGAAGUUAGAAGUAGCCAGCAAUAGUAUGUUGAUAUUUAGUCUGAAGAUAGUUGGAUUAUCAACAUUUUACACUAAGGCAAUUAAAUAAAAAAAAACUUCUGGAUAUGAUAAAAAAGACAGAAUGUGAAACUCAGGGCCAGUGGAAUCAUGUGAAAGGUAACUCUGUGAUUUUUCAUGAUUAUGGUUAGUGAAUGAAAGUAUGUGACUCCUCAAAGAGCCAUUUUUGUUGCCUUUCCAGCAAGGACACCUGAAAAGUAAGUUAGUGUAGGAUAAUUGUCUUUCUCUCUUCAUCAAACACGAUGAACCAAGCCUAUUCCAAUCUGUGUAGGUAUGCUGGGUGUAAAACACAAAUUAAGAAUAGGAUUUGAAAUCAGGUUCCAAAAACUUAGAUCCAAUUCUGGGAGUAAUGGGAGAAGAUUUCCUUUGCAACUUACUAGGAAAAUGCAAUACAUAAACUGGCCUUUUGUCCAACAGAUUUAUACUAGUGCUUACAAUCACAAUCCUCUUUCCCCCUUACAUCACCUCACCCAUUUUACUUCAUCUCAUGUAUAAGAACAUUGUAUGUUCAUUUUAAAUGAGCAUGCCCAAGACUAUGGUCUUGUUGCACAUAGUCUUUAAGCAAUCCUAAGUACUACAUGGUGCCUUUGUAUUCUUUUUUUAACUGGCAUUUAAAAUUCACAGUAGCUGAACAGAAUAAUCUCUCAGUGGAGCAGGGGCAGUAAUGUGAAGAUGGUUGUUCUACUUUCAAACAGCUUUAUUUGGCUUGCUUCCAAAACCUUGCUUAUUAAACAUGUUUAAUUGAAAUUAAUUAAUUUAAUUGGGCAAUGCUACAAAGUGUUGAAUACCUUCAUAAUGAUCAAGCAAAUGAUGAUAUUUGAGAAAUUGAGGUCUAAAGGUGAUACUUUUAUAUAGUGUGUUAAAGACAAUUGUUUGUACAUAAUCAACUUUUUUUUUGUAGUUCAUCAUAUAUUAGACAAAAGUAUUGUGUAUAAAAUAAAAAAGACACAAAUCUAAACUCA